AUGGCGGAAGAACAAGCUAACAAUAUACAAGCUCCUAAUGUUGUACAUGUCCCUACAAACAUUCCACUGCCAACCAAACUGGAUCUGAAAGGAAACUUGGCGACGAAUUGGAAAAAAUUCAGACGGAUGUGGGACAAUUAUGAAAUCGCAACUAGACUUUGUGAUUUGGAAAGUAAAUACAGGACUGCUACCCUACUGACUUGUAUAGGCGUGGAUGCAUUGGAUAUUCUUGAUGGUUUAACCUUCACACAGGAAGAGGAUAAACAGGAUAUAGACAUUGUACUGCAGAAGUUUGAAACAUUUUGUGUCGGAGAGACCAAUGAAACUUACGAGAGAUACUGCUUUAAUCGCCGAGACCAGGAGACAUCAGAGGCUGUUGACUCGUAUGUUGCAGUGCUUCGUACACUUGCAAAGACGUGCAAUUAUGGACAGCUGGAAGAUAGCUUAAUAAGAGACAGAAUUGUGGUUGGAAUUCGUGACAACAAUACUCGAAAGAGGUUGUUGCAGGAUGCGAGACUGACUUUAAAAUCUUGCAUUGAUGUGUGCAGAGCACAUGAAUCGGCUUCUCAGCAAAUGAAAUCUAUGGCUUCUGUUGACGAAGUUCAGCAGGUAAGGGACAAACAUAAGAACAAAACCCAACACAGACAGAAAACGCAGAAGCAACAUAAAGGGAAACAGAAGAACCAUUCAGAGCUGGAAUGUAAAUUCUGUGGCAAACGUCAUCCUUUUGUUAAGGAAAAAUGCCCUGCCUGGGGUAAAGUUUGCUCCCACUGUGAUAAACCCAAUCACUUUUCGUCCAAAUGUCCAAGUAAAGGCAAACAGAGACAGCAUAAAGUUCAUCAAGUGGACACUGAUGAGGAAUCAUCAGAUGGGGAAGAGGAAUAUGUGCUAUCCGUAAGUUCAAAAGGAAAACAGACUGACACCAAUGGCAAAGGAUUUCCAAAACGUAUCUUUGCCCGUAUGAUUCUAAAUCGCAAAACUAUUGUUUUCCAGUUGGACUGUGGAGGUACGGUCAAUAUUCUCCCUGAGAAUCUCUACGCUGAAAUCUACAAUGACAGACAACUGAAGAAAGUGGAAAAAUCCACAACAACCCUUGUUAUGUUCAAUGGAACAGAAACUAUACCUGUCGGGAAACGCCGCAUUUCAAUGAAAAAUCCUAAGAAUGGGAGGAAAUACAGCGUUGAAUUUGUCAUCGUGAAGGGUGACUACAGACCUCUGUUGGGAGCCAGAGCGGUUCAACAGAUGAAUCUUAUAACCGUAGAGACUGAGAAUAUUAUGCUGCUGUCGCAUCAGCACAGUGAUGAUGUGAAGUCAAGGAAACAGCCUGGUGUUACCAUGAAUGAAAUCAAGUCUUCCUAUAGAGAUGUUUUUCAAGGAGAAGGAAAACUGGAAGGACUGCUACAUCUUGAAGUCGAGGACAAAGUGCAACCUGUUAAGUUGCCAUGUCGCAAAGUUCCUGUUGCUCUUCAGCCUAAACUGAAAGAAGAGUUAGAGACUCUGACCAAGAAAGGUAUAAUUAAGCCAGUCACCGUGCCUACUGACUGGAUUUCAGCAAUGGUUGUGGUUUCUAAACCCGAUGGACGACUUCGUCUGUGUAUCGAUCCAAAACCUCUGAACUCUGCUCUGAAACGAAACCAUUACCCAACCCCCACGAUCGAUGAUCUCCUUCCUGAUCUUGCCAAUGCUAAAUGCUUUAGCCACGCUGACGCGAAGAAUGGAUUCUGGCACGUUGAGCUCGAUGAAGAGAGCAGCCACCUGACCACUUUUGAAACUCCUUGGGGACGGUACCGCUGGCUCCGUAUGCCAUUUGGUAUUUCUACCGCACCGGAAGAAUUCCAGCGUAGACUCAACGAAGCACUGGAAGGUCUAGAUGGUGUGAAAGUAGUACACGAUGAUGUUCUAGUUUUUGGUGUUGGAGACACUGACUAA